AUGCUGAGCCCGGAUGAGGUGGUACAAGAGCUGCAAAAUCUGACGGUCUCCCGGUCACGACCACGACGGCGGUCUCCGCGUCUGCAAGGACGAUCGGAGCAAGGCUCAUCGGCGACGCGGUCAUCGUCGCCCAGCCAUUCCCGAACAUCGCUGCCUCGCGCCGACCAGUUUUGUGUGUACAGCGUCUCCAAUGAGGCGGGCGAGACGACUCAUCGGAUACCGGUGUUGAUCAUCGAGUGUAAGGCGGCCCACAAGUUGACAUUGGGUCACAUCUACACGGGCUUAAAAGAAAUGGAUCUGGAUGACAUUGUACAAGAACAUCUGGAGGAAGAUUUGACGCGACGAUGUCAGCGACUGGUGGCCGCGGUGAUCGCGCAGGUGUUUGCAUACAUAAUCGCGUCGGGACUGGAGUUUGGGUGUGUCAUUACCGGCGAGGCGUUCAUUCUUUUUGCGCAUUCCCGAAGACGAUUGUUCCCGCGUGUGACGGUGGAGGACUUGGAAGAGAGAGUGCCGGAGGAAGAGGUGUUCGGGUCGGAAUAUCGGCCCCCUCAAGGUGAAGCGGCGCGGUUUCUGGUCGAGUCGCCGAUUUGUCGUCGGCUGCGGAGUCGGAAACCAUGGACGAAUGCUGAUGCUCCCACACCAGAAGAGUCAACCGAGAGUGAUGGAGAUGGGGGCGAUGACGACGGAAUGACCGGCAAUGGGACCCCUAGCCGGGCUCCGCGAGAUGGUCCUCGAGAUGGUCCUCGAGGUGGUGCCCAUGGAGGGACACGUGGGCGUGCGACGAACCCGGGUGGCCGGUCAACCGCCUCCCAUCAAUCGGGCCAACAGCAAGAACUGGGGCCGUACUGUUCGGCCUCCUGCUUGAAGGGCAUGGUGGAGAGAGGUCUCUUGGACUCCUCGUGUCCCACUGUGCACCAACAUGGCCCAGGCCCGCAACAUCCCAUCGACCUGAAGAAGUUUCGACAACUGGUGCGGGAUGUUCUCUACGAUCGUCUCGAAUACUGUGAAGAAUUGUGGUUUCGCGGAGCGCGAGGAUGCCUCUACCGCAUUCGACUUCCCGACUGGGGUUACACGGUGGUGGCCAAGGGUACACGACAGGAGUUCAUUCCGGAUCUCCAACGAGAGGCAGGCAUCUGCAAUGCCCUGAAAUCGGUUCAGGGAGUGUACACCCCCGUGUAUCUCGGGAGUUUUGAUUUGAAACAUCCCCUAUAUUACAUGGGCUGGGUGCCGAUUGUGCACAUGAUGGUGUUGACGUUGGGGGGAUGUCCGUUGAACCACCUUCGUACUCUUCCAGAUGCCACCACCGCCAUUGACGGGCUUCGUGCUAUUCACGGGUUGGGCGUCUUACACCGCGAUGUCGCGAGGGAACCGGCUCUCGCAACGGCCCCAGGGUCUCCAGCUGGUUGUCCCUACUGGAUGAUGGGUUCAGGAGACGGUGACGGUGAUCCUUUGUUCGAUAGAGCAUCACAACACAGGAAGACGGAUCUGAAGUGGGCAGCAAGGAAACGAGUGCCCGAGUCAAAUCACCGGCGUCUUGGAAUCUGGUUGUUCGCCAGUGCAGUACGAACAUUUCAUCGACCUCCGAGUAGACCACUGUAUCACAAUAUCACAGUACUCCGUACCACAAUCGAACACAAAAAGUACGGUGGAUCAUUGCGGUGA